CUGAGCUUGUCUGGUAGCACCCUAUCCUCUGGACCCGUGUGUAUGGGAUCUGGUGGUCGGCGUUUGGUUAACACACAGACUAAUGGAAGUAGACCGCACUGUUUAUUUGCGCAACAUUACUGAGGACAUCACUGAGUCUAUCCUCUACGAAUUGUUUUUGCAGGCGGGACCCGUUGAAAGUGUGACAGUGAAAGGGAAUAUUGCAUUCGUGACCUUUGAAGACGAAGAAAGUGUUCCGUAUUCAUGCUGCUUGUUUGAAGGCUUGCAGCUCUGUGGGUCUAAUAUCGUCGUGCGACCGAGAGCAGGGUCUAAGUUUGCCAACACGCGUCUGCAUCCCAUUCCCCCUUUUACCAACGGCGCUGGCAGGCCAUGUGCUCCACUUCCUCAGUGGGACCCAACUUUUGGAUCUAGCAAUCGUAAAAGUCACAGUUCACAGAAUUUGUCUAUCGCUUCUACAGGCAGACAUCCCACCGGGUUCGGUGAUUUCGGUUUUCCAUCUCCCGGGGGUAUGAUGCAUCCAUCAGCGUCGUUUCCUGUCCUUCCGCAAUUUUGGAGCCCCGGACCCCUCCAGUGUCCAACUAUCCCAAGCUGUUGGACUAAUAAUGUAUCGCCAUUUCAUCGUCCAACAAUCUCAAGACACGGUGACGGAAACUACGGCUCUAUGAGAAGUCAUUCUGGCCGCGAGCGAAGCCCUUUAGAGUCGUCUCGUUACCCGCAUUCUAACAGUAAAAUCUCGCUUUAUGUACCCAAUCCCGGGUAUUCUGACUGCCGUGAUAGCGGAAGGAGCACUGGGAAAAGUUACUAUCGAUGAUUUUGUUACCAGUCUGUAAAUAAAUGUUUCUAAUUUUUCCUGUUCUUUCUACUCACAACCUUUCUGAUGUCACUCUGAGUGCCCUCUAAUUGUUACGCUAUGGCUCCUUUUAGCCGCGAUUGACUUUUUUGCAAUGCAAAAUGGCACACAGAGUGUUUCAGUCGUCGUUGUCGUGAUUUCUGGGAAAGGUGGUGUCGGCAAGUCAACAGUUGCCUCUCAGCUGGCUCUUGGGAUGUGGUCCAAGGGGAUGACCGUUGGUCUAUUGGAUACUGACUUUUGUGGGCCAUCCAUACCUCGCAUUUUGGGGCUAGAAGAUCGCAAGGUUCACGCCUGCCCCGAAGGCUGGAUGCCAAUUUACGCGGACGGUCCUAUGCAGCGUUUACGCGUCAUGUCCAUUGGCUUCCUGGUGGACCAACCGGAUACCGCUGUGGUUUGGCGAGGACCACGCAAAUCCAGUAUGAUUGAAACGAUGCUUAACUCAGUUUGUUGGGGUCAGCUGGACUGUCUGGUGAUCGAUACCCCACCUGGCACAUCUGAUGAACACCUUACCGUUUUGAACCAGAUCCAACAACUUCCUGAGGAUAAAGUUGCCGGUGCUGUUAUUGUUAGUACACCUCAGCGAGUUUCCCUUUGCGAUGUACGGCGCGAGAUCGGAUUUUGUUCCAAGACUGGUUUGAAGAUUCUCGGCCUUGUGGAGAACAUGAGCGGUUACCGAUGUUCAAACUGCUCGCACUGCUGUAAUUUGUUUUCCUCAGGUGGCGCUGAGUUUCUGGCCAAAGAAAAGCAACUCCCUUUUCUAGGUCGAUUACCCCUUGAUUCGGCACUUACAGCACUUUGUGAUUCGGCUGACCGUUUUGACCUCAAAUCUCACACUACUGAGGACACCAUGAAGAUACUCCAAGAACUGUUCCGGCAUUGUCCCACCCUGGCUUCUGCGUGUCCCGAAUAAAGCUGGAAAACCUUUAUUCCUCCAGAUGGCUUUACAGCAACCUGAAUUGAUUUCCCUAUGUAUUUUU